CCCCGCACCCCCGAGUCCUCCGGCCGGGCAGCCAAUCCCAGCCGCGCUCUUACCCGGGGUUCGCAGGCCCGGCUGUAGUGCCGAGCCUGGAGACGGCGCGGAGAGCUCGAGCGUUGUGUCCAGCGGCGGCUUUUGCAGAAAGAGACCAGGAUGAAUGCAGAGCCCGAGAAGAAGUUUGGCGUGGUGGUGGUCGGUGUCGGCAGAGCCGGCUCCGUGCGGAUACGGGACUUGCGGAAUCCACACGCUUCCUCCGCGUACCUCAACCUGAUUGGCUUUGUGUCCAGACGAGAGCUGGGGAGCAUUGAUGGGGUGCCACAGAUGUCUUUGGAAGAUGCUCUUUCCAGUCAAGAGGUUGAGGUUGCUUAUAUCUGCAGUGAGAGCUCCAGCCACGAGGACUACAUCAGGCAGUUCCUAAAUGCUGGCAAGCAUGUCCUUGUGGAAUACCCCAUGACACUGUCUUGGGCAGCAGCUAAGGACCUGUGGACGCUGGCUGAGCAGAAAGGGAAAGUCUUGCAUGAGGAGCACGUUGAACUCUUGAUGGAGGAGUUUGCAUUCCUGAAAAAAGAAGUGGUGGGGAAGGACCUGCUGAAAGGGUCUCUCCUCUUCACAGCUGGCCCGCUGGAAGAAGAGCGGUUCGGCUUCCCCGCGUUCAGCGGCAUCUCUCGCCUGACCUGGCUGGUCUCCCUCUUUGGGGAGCUUUCUCUUGUGUCCGCAACUUUGGAGGAGCAAAAGGAAGAUCAGUAUAUGAAGAUGACGGUGUGCUUGGAGACAGAGAACAAGAGCCCAUUGACGUGGAUUGAAGAGAAGGCGCCUGGCCUAAGGCGAAACAGACAUUUAAGCUUCCAUUUCAAGUCUGGGUUCCUGGAGAACAUGCCCAGCGUAGGCGUCAAUAAGAAUAUUUUCCUGAAGGAUCAGAAUAUAUUUGUCCAGAAACUCUUGGGCCAGUUCUCGGAAGAGGAGCUGGCUGCCGAGAAGAAGCGCAUCCUGCACUGCCUGUGGCUGGCGGGAGAGAUCCAGAAACACUGCUACUCCAAGCAGUGAGGCCGGGGGCAACGCGGCCCUGCCCCGGCGAGACCUCCUGUCUGUUCUUACCAUUAAAAGUGUCUUCGG